UCCCUAGUAUAUACUGUGAAUGAAAUUGUUGCUUUAUAAAGGAAUUACUGCGUUAUUCGAUUGGUAAAAUAAAGUUUAAUCCUCUUCAUCACAUUCAGCAACGAAGGCGAUAUUAAACAUGGCUACUUUCAAUUUACGCAAAAUAUAUAAAAUGUUUGAUAACGAGAACGACACUAACAUUAGUGCGGAUGCACUCGAGCAACUGCAGCAAUGGCAGUUAAUUCCUCGUGAAGGGCAAUAUUUGUGUGCUCAGGGCCAUCCGCUGAGGUUGCUACCGUCUUCUGCAAAACUUGAUGGAUUUCUUUGGCGAUGUCACCAAAAAAGUGCGAGGGGCAAAAGGAAGCCGCGAACGUGCAGUGUUCAAAUUUCUAUCAGAAAAAACACUUUUUUCUAUAGGUCGAAGCUGCCUAUGGUAAAGCUCAUUGCUUUUUCUUACCUUUGGAUUAAGAAUGUACCGCAAGAUUUUAUAACAGAGGAGUUAAGUAUCUCUUUGCGGACCGCUAUUGAGUGGUCUAACUGUUGCCGUGAGGUGGUGUAUACUGGUAUGAAUCGAAUAGGGUAUCAAAUCGGUGGCGCCGGGUCUGUCGUUGAGAUAGGCGAAAGCGAAUUCGGCCGCCGGAAGUAUGAUUCGGGUCGUGGUGUUGAGGGGCAGUGGGUUUUUGGUGGAGUGGAGCGGGGUACCAAUAGGUGUUUCCUUGUUCCCGUUGAACAGAGGGAUAAGGAAACCUUAUUGGCCAUUAUAAAACGUUGGAUUCUUCCUCAUACGACUAUAGUUUCCGAUUUUUGGAAGGAAUAUCACUGCUUAAGGGACGAGGGGUAUGUUCACCUUAAACAAAACCAUUCGAUUAACUUUAAAAAUCCACAAACCCAAGAACACACCAACACCAUUGAGGAACUUUGGCGGCAUGCCAAGCAUUCAAUGCCUCAACACCACCGAAACAAAAAGAUUUUAAGCGAACAUUUGGCAAAGUUUUUAUUCACGCGGCAUUGCAAGCUUGCAGACUUAGAUGCCUUGAACGUAUUUUUCGAAAUGGCGGGCUUAUCGUACAAUCCAAUGAGUCCGUACUUAGAUAUAAGAGAAGACGACAUUAAAGAGGAGUUGAAGGAGGAGUAGUAGGUGUGCUAUUUAUUGGUCUUAAUAAGCCCUUUUU